AUGCAUCUGAAUGGAGAGGCUUCUGAAAAUUGUGAGACUGAAUGUAAUAAUGACCUCACACAAGCCAGUGAUGUUGAGGUCAAGCAGAUAAUUCAUACAAGUAACGGAGAUGUUAAUAAAGAAUCAGACUUCUCGUGUCAGUUCUGCUCUAAAGUAUUUACUCGGAAGUUUAAUCUGAAGUUACAUGAACUGCGUCACAUAUCCUGUUCAUACCCUGUCAAGACUCCCUCCAAGCCCGCUCGCUCGUGUCCCUUGUGUUCCAAGUCAUACACCAGCUACACUAACCUCAAGGAUCAUAUGAGAACACACACCGGUGAGAAACCUUUUGUGUGCUCCGACUGUGGGAAAGCUUUUGGAAGUAAAAAGAUAUUGACUGACCACAUAAGAAUACAUACAGGUGUGAAGCCGUACAUGUGUCCAGUGUGUGGGAAACAGUUCACAACCAACAAGCUGUCGGCCCACAUGAAGACACACGAGGGACGAGUUUCUACCACAACCACGACCACCACGACCACAACAACCACGACCACAGAGCGAGGGCGACACGCGUGUACGAUGUGUGUAGCGAGAUACAACCACAAGCAGUCACUCAACAAACACAUACGGAACACUCACGGACUGAAUCCUUCCGAGGUGUGUAAGAGGAAUGACGUGGUCGGGUUCACUUGA